AUGACUUGUAACGCGUGUGUGGUAUUGCGUAUAUCGGACGGGGGCGUGAAGUGGCGUGUUACCGCGAUGUCAGCAAGUCGAUACAUCCGUAAACGUCCAGUGGCUCAGUCGAUUUCUGAGGAUGAAGCACUAGAGGAUCCUGACCGGAAUAUUAAUGAUCCGCCUGGACACUGCACCUCAUCAUCAUUGUUGUCUGAAUCAUCCACGCUUUCUACCUCAGGCUACGAGCAGUUAUCGUCUGUCUCAUUAAAAAGUCUUUAUGAUUGUCCGAUUUGCUUCCAACUUUUUCGCGAGCCGUACUCAACAUUAUGCGGUCAUUCAUUCUGCCGAGAAUGUAUUAGUGCACAUUUGGAGCGUUCUUUGCGAUGCCCUGUAUGUAAUCGAAGUUUGGAUCCAAGAUCAGGUCCUAUCGUCUUUCCUAAUUUUACGGCCGCUAGCAUUGUGGAUGUAAUCCGACGUAAUAUGAAGGCAGCGCGCAGUCUUGCAGCAGCCAGUGGUAGAAAUGAGGGGUUGGCAUUAACAAGCGAAAAACUGAUUGACUUGGCUUUGAAUGCAGAUGCUCCUUUUUUGGAUCAUUUUAUGGACCUUCUCAAAAAACGACGUGAACAGAUCAGUGAUAAUGUCACUCGGAGAAAAAACAUGCUGCUGAACGAGUUCAUUGAUGAAAUGAUUACACAACGAGAAGAGAAGCUCAAACAGCUUCAGAAUGAGCUAUCCAUUUUACGGAACGAUAAAGCUUCCAUCCAGGCACUGAUGAAAGAUGAACUGAGCGGCAAUAUUGGCACACAUUCACAACGAAUGGUACCAGAUGCCAGUGGUUCACAAGUAAUACAGUCUGCAUCAGCUUUGAAAAAAGUGAGAUUUGAUGAUGAUGAUCAUGCUGAUGAAAUAGGGAAAUAUCGUAGUCGUCUUCAGCAACAUAUGGCCGGUUUAGAGCAAGCUUAUUUCAAUAGACGUUUAAAUAGUACAGAGUCUAGGAGUGUUAUGGAUGACUCAUUGGGUCCUUGUUGUGAUACUCUUGAUGAUUUUUCACAAGUACUACAUGGUAUGUCGCAAUAUGGUAGUUUUCGACGUUUGGCAUCUUUAAAUUACAAUGUGGCAGAUGCAACAGCUGCAUUAUCUAUUGUUUCAAGCAUUGAGUUCGACAAAGAUGGUGAAUUUUUCAUCUUGGCAGGAGUUGCUAAACGUAUAAAAGUGUAUGAGUUCCAAUCAGUUAUCGAAAAUACGGAUACUUUGCAUUAUCCUGUUACUCAGCUUCAAUGUACGUCCAAAAUCAGUAAUGUAUCAUGGAAUCCAUAUUGUAAAAGCACUCUUGCAAGCAGUGAUUACGAUGGAACAGUACAACUUUGGGACACCUCACUUGCAAAAUCAAUUAGACGUUAUCAAAAACGAUGUUGGACUGUAGUCUUCAACAGCGUUGAUCCCCACUUGAUGGCUUCUGGAUCCGAUGACGCUAGAGUGAAACUUUGGUCAAUCGGAGUGGAUCGUUCAGUAGCAACAAUCGACGCUAAAGUCAACGUAUGUUGUGUUUGUUUCAGUCCAACGCAACGAAACUAUCUUGUUUUUGGCUCUGCUGAUCACUGCAUUCACUUGUACGAUAUCCGAAGACCGCUAGAACCAGUUAAUGUUUUUCGCGGUCAUCGAAAGGCAGUAUCUUACGUUAAGUAUUGUACCGAAAAUGAAGUUGUCUCAGCGUCUACUGAUAGUAAUCUCCGAUUGUGGGAUGCAAGUAGCGGAAAAUGUAUACGUACAAUGAAAGGUCAUCAAAAUGAAAGAAAUUUUGUGGGUUUGGCAACCGAUGGUAAACACAUUGUAUGUGGAUCGGAAAAUAAUCAUCUAUAUCUGUAUCAUAAGGGUUUAUGCGAUCCGUUAAUGUGCUAUGAUUUUGGUCGCGCGGAUACCACUCGUUCUGCUCUUCUAUCAACUGAUUCUUCUUCUGAUUUUGUAUCUGCUGUCAGCUGGAAAAAGAAUUCAAAUGUUGUUGUGGCAGCGAAUAGUCAAGGAACGACGCAUGUAUUUGAACUUAUUUAA